AUGGCCAACCCCUACACGCCUCUUGCGGACUUGAAGGCUGUUCGUUGUUUGAAUACCUCUGAAGUCCGCCUGAGGUUUUUGGAGGCUAGGAAUGUCAAGAAAGGAUGUGAACUAAUGAGUGUCGACAUGCUACUUUUGGAUGAGAAGUCAACGCUUAUCCAAGGCCCCGUGAAUGCCAACCGACUCCUAAGCCUCUAUGAAUAUGGCAUCUUUGUAGCUUCAUUUCUUUGA